CUGCACGAGAAAAAAAAAUUGUUAUCAGGGACUUCCUGUAUUUUCCGCAUCUCUUUGCAUAGUUGCUUCGGCGUCUCCAGGUUAGAUUGGGUGGUAGACCUCUUCCUGCUUGUUGUUCUGGCUCAAAAAAAUACUCUCCUCUCCGCCUCGACCGCCGACUUAUCCCAACCGCAGCCCUAGAGCGACGUCGACUUUCGACCCGUUGAAGUUGUUUCUGGCUGCCGCAUGAUCUGAAGAACAAUGUCGGCGAUAGGUGCAGCUGCUGCGCGGGCAGCCAACCGAGCUGCAGCGGCGUCUGCUGUCCGUCCUCGAUCCUCUCGAGCUCUACGUCUUGCUCGAUCCUCCCGAUCUCUGAUCGCUUGCCCGAUCACCUCUCGACGAUCCUAUUCGUCUCCCUCUGCCGCCAACCCGUCUACGAGGUCUACAGUGGUGCAGCUGCUGAGCAACAUUGGGUCCAAGAGGGAAGUGCAGCAAUAUCUUUCCCACUUCACCUCGGUCUCUUCCCAGCAGUUCGCCGUUAUUAAGGUCGGUGGAGCUAUCUUGACCGAACACCUCCAGACACUAUCCUCCGCCCUUGCAUUCUUGAACCACGUUGGUCUCUAUCCGGUGGUCGUCCACGGCGCAGGCCCACAGCUGAACAAGAUCUUGGAGGAUUCCGGUGUGGAACCCCAGUUUGAAGAUGGCAUCCGGGUGACCGACCCAAAAACCUUGGGCAUUGCACGCGCGCUCUUCCUGGAAGAGAACUUGCGCCUCGUCGAGGAAUUGGAGCGGUUAGGUGUGCGUGCCAGACCGAUCACGUCGGGUGUUUUCACGGCCGACUAUCUGGACAAGGAAAAAUAUAACCUCGUGGGGAAGAUUAACCAUGUUGACAAGAGACCUAUUCAGGCCGCUAUUCAGGCAGGCUGCUUGCCAAUCCUGACUUCGAUGGCAGAAUCCAAGGACGGUCAAGUCUUGAACGUCAAUGCUGACGUCGCGGCGGGUGAACUGGCCAGAGCACUACAGCCAUUGAAGAUCGUCUACCUGUCUGAGAAGGGUGGGCUGUUUAACGGUGACACCAAGGAGAAGAUUUCAGCAAUAAAUCUCGACGAGGAGUAUGACCAUCUGAUGACGCAGUGGUGGGUUCGACACGGUACGAGGCUGAAGAUCAAGGAAAUGAGAGAGCUCCUGAUGGAUUUGCCUCGAACCUCCAGUGUGGCGAUCAUCCACCCAGCCGAUCUGCAGAAAGAACUGUUUACUGACUCGGGAGCCGGUACUUUGAUCCGCAGAGGUAACAAAGUCCAUGUCAACACCUCCAUCGACCAAUUCGAGGAUAUCGACAAGCUCAAAGAAGUUCUCAUUCGGGAUCGCGCCGGCCUCGAUGCCAAGGCUGUCGUUGAUCAGUAUGUUAAGGGCCUGCACAACCGUGAAUUCAAGGCGUACUUCGAUGAACCCAUGGAAGCUUUUGGCAUUGUGUUGCCACCCAACGGAGAAACCACUCUGGCUCACCUGGCUACGCUGACCAUUACCAAGAAUGGCUGGCUGACGAACGUCGCCGAUAACAUCUUUGUUGCCAUCAAGAAGGAUUUCCCAAAGCUGAUGUGGACCGUGAAGGAAGAUGAUGAGAACCUGACUUGGUUCUUUGACAAGGCCGACGGUAGCCUUUCCAAGGACGGCGAGGUUCUCUUUUGGUACGGCCUAGAAACCAGCGACGAGGUUAAGGAUCUGAUGGUCGAAUUUACGAAGCACGGUCGACAAAUGUUUGGUGACAUUAACCUCGAAUCCAAACUUGUCCGUGCUGCGCGAGCUGCUUCACAAAUGGCAAGCAAGGCAGCUCAAUCGGCUGGGCUCGCACAAAAGAGAACAUUUUCGACACAGGCGAAUCCUUUGCGCUCUGCACGACAGGCACGCUAUGUGACACGACCCGCUCUCUCCGUUCGCACCUAUGCUUCUACUACCAACCCCAACCCACCUCUUGGUGCGAAGAACAGCUCCAACCCCAAGCCGUCAAGGGUUGCCCUCAUCGGAGCCCGAGGCUAUACCGGAAAGGCUCUUGUCGAUCUCCUGAACCGUCAUCCCAACAUGGAUCUGCGCCAUGUUUCUUCGCGAGAACUGGCCGGACAGAAGCUCAAGGGAUAUGAUAAAAGAGAAAUCAUCUAUGAGAAUCUGAGCGUGGAGGACGUCGAAAAGAUGGAGGAAGAAGGUGCCGUCGACUGCUGGGUCAUGGCUCUUCCCAAUGGUGUCUGUAAACCGUUCGUGGAUGCCAUCGACCGUGUCGGUAAGAACAGUGUUAUCGUAGACUUGAGCGCCGACUACAGAUUUGACUCUGCCUGGACUUAUGGUCUGCCCGAGUUGGUGGAUCGUGCUGCCAUUGCCAAAGCCACUAGAAUUUCCAAUCCUGGUUGCUACGCGACGGCAGCUCAGAUUGGAAUUGCUCCUUUGGUUCCAUACAUCGGAGGUCAGCCUACGGUCUUUGGUGUCUCUGGCUAUUCUGGUGCUGGUACGAAACCAAGCCCAAAGAACGACGUUCAGAAUCUCACAGACAACAUCAUUCCCUACUCCCUGACCGACCACAUUCACGAACGCGAGAUUUCGACGCAGUUGGGAACUCCGGUGGCUUUCAUCCCUCAUGUUGCUGUGUGGUUCCAGGGCAUCCACCACACAAUCAACAUUCCCUUGAAAGAGGAGAUGAAGUCGAGAGAUAUCCGAAAUUUGUACCAAGAACGCUAUGCCGGAGAGAAGCUGCUCAAGAUCAUCGGUGAAGCUCCAUUGGUCAAGAACAUCGCUAACCGCCACGGUGUCGAAGUUGGUGGCUUCGCUGUUCAUUCGAGCGGGAAGAGAGUGGUCAUUUGCGUCACCAUCGAUAAUUUGUUGAAGGGUGCUGCGACGCAAUGUCUUCAAAACAUGAAUCUGGCCUUGGGCUAUGGAGAGUAUGAAGGUAUCCCAUCAGAGUAAAGGAAAACAACAUAGGCUAUGCCUAUGUCGCCUUGGGGUUUUCUCGCCUCAUACGCUGAGAAAGUGCUAUACGCUUCCUGCGCCCCUGGGUUUCGGAAAGCUUACAGGUUUGCGAAUGGACGUUUUGAUCUUUAGCCGGGGUGUACAGCGCACUCUUCCCCGGCACUUGUCUAGGAAACGCGAUAAAGGGGGGAUAGAAAAGCAAGUUCCAGUUCAUAUAAAUUCCGCGUUUUAAAGACCAAGAAUUAGGUGGACACGCUAUAAGAUACGAGUUCGCCACAUCUCGAUGAUCUUGGGCUUGAUGCGAAGGAUUUUUCUACAGUAAACACGGUCGGGUUGUGGAGUUUGUAGGUAGGUAGGACUGGGCAUCAAAGAGAUGGUGGCCACCGUGUCGCAGUGUGCUCUUGGGAAUUGUUUCUGGACAACGGGAAAAAAAGAGAUAAUGAUGACGAUGGCUUCAAUUGAGAUAUGUGGUGUUUAUUUUUCUUUUCUGGAGGCUCUGUUUUUCUUUCGAAUUCCAGCGCCAGAGUCGACUAACGAUACAGUCAAGUCAACUUUUUUGUCUGGCGUCCGAGUUCGUCGCGUUCCCCAUCUCGUCCUUUCAAUGCCGUUGCACAUGAGGCACUCCUCCUACACAAAGGUACAUUUUUACUUUACUGAACGUUUUGUUGCCUUUUUGGUUUUUCGACCGACCGCCUUCACUUC